AUGGGCACUGUGACCUCCAUCGUAGUGUUAUUUGUUUGCUGGACCAUUAGAGACAGUGUGAAAAUGAAAGAUAUUCCUGAAAAACACGUCUUCAUCACCGGCUGUGACUCUGGCUUUGGAAAUUUACUGGCGCAGAGACUUCAUAGAAAAGGAUUUAUCGUCAUCGCUGCCUGUCUGACAGAAAAAGGAUGUCAGGACUUAAAAGCGUGCACAUCUCCGACACUGAAAACAGUUUUAUUGAAUGUAACCAAUCCGAAAAGCAUCGACAGUGCCGUGGAAUAUGUCACUGCGGAGACAGGCAAUAAAGGUUUGUACGGUUUGGUUAAUAAUGCUGGUAGAGCCACUCCAAUUGGACCCACAGACUGGCUAGAUAUGGAAGACUUUCAUCGAGUUCUCGAUGUAAACCUCAUUGGACUCAUUGAAGUCACUUUGAAGUUUUUACCUCUUUUAAAAAAGGCCAGAGGAAGAAUUGUCAAUGUAGCCAGUGUCAUGGGAAGAUUGGCCUUUGGAGGAGGUGGCUACAGCCUGUCAAAGUGCGGUGUUGAGUCAUUCUCAGACAGUUUGAGGAGGGACAUGCAGCACUUUGGGGUGAAAGUCAGUAUUAUUGAACCUGGCUUCUUUAAGACUGGAGUAACCAGCCUUGAAAUAAUAGAAAAGGAUCUGCACAGAUUAUGGGAUAGGCUGACUCCAGAUAUCAGAUGUUCAUAUGGAGAUAAGUACUUUCAGAAUUAUUUGAAAGUACAGAGAUUAUCUAUGAAGACGCUCUGCAGUACUGAUAUCUCCAAAGUCACAAACUGCAUGGAACAUGCUCUGAUAGCCAGGUACCCACGGACGCGGUAUGGCGCCGGGUGGGAUGCCAAAUUAUUCUGGCUUCCUUUGUCUUAUGCUCCUGCCUUCAUUGCUGAUAUCAUGUUACAGCUCUUAUUACCUCGACCAAUUUGCAGCAAAAGAUCACUAGCUAAAAAUCAAGUUGAUGUAUAA